GAGGUUAGGAGCUCCAGAUGGUGUUUAAACGCAGACAGAAGGCUACAGAGAGGACACAGAGGAGGAGGAGGAGAGCGCCGCGGUUACUGCGCACAGUGGGCUCGCCAGCUCCAGUCAUUACCGAGGACAAAACAAGUCCGAAAAUCCCUCAAAUUGUGAAUUGACGGCUAGAGAAGGCUGCAGAGAGGCUUCACUUAGUGUGAUGUUUUUCUUUUGUUUCUUUUGGAGAAGUGAAUUUUAAUAGAACAGCCAUCUGAGCACAGCUCUGCGGAGGAUCGGCGCGUCGGAGGAGGACGAGUACAGAACCUAGAAACGUGAAGGUGGAGCAGCCUCACCACAGGCUGUGAAGAAACAAGGAAGAAGGUUAAUAUUUUCGGAUGUAAGAGAACUUCCUCCUGACACCACGGACUGCGGCUUAACUGCGAACUUAAAAGAAGACGGUUUUAAAGUUACCACCGGAAGGAUACAGACGCACGCCACAGCCCGGAGGAUCCGCAUCCUAACUGUUUGGUUUUACGUGGCGAGGAUUUGAGGACUUACAGUAGCAUUAAGGAGCCUAACCAAUCAAUAGUUUGGUUUUCUUCUAAAACGAUAACAGAAAGGACGCCUUUUUUCGUUUCUUUCCUUUUUCUUUUUCUUUUUUGCAACUGACAUUGCACCGUAUUGUCUCUUUCACCUGGGAUGGUUAAAAUGUGCAGAAGAGCGGAUUUACAUGACUGGGAUAAGUUCUGAAUAUAACACAAGAAUCCGCUUGCUUUAAAACAUAAACCCAAGACUGCAAAACCAAAGACAUCUGUUUGCGUAAGGAUCGAAGAGCCCUGACUUUGGUUUUGUUUGCUCUAUUUUCCGACAAAACUGAGAAGAUAAAUACCUCACAGCCUAAUUUAUUAAACCUGGACCCUGAUUCAACACCCAAAGGAAAGUUAUUUUAUGUGCGUCAAAACUCUGCUAUUUUUGUUUUUUUCUCGAUAAAUCAAAGACAGAAAAAAAGGAAUAACAGAUCUAAUGCUUUAAUCAUUUUAUGUUAUUUUUGUUUACUUGUUUUUAUAAUCAAACGAUGAGGAUUGAGACGAUAUAAAAAGAGGUUUAGAAACUAUUUGGUGUGGAUUAUCACCGCUACCUUUACCUCAGAUUGACCUCGACCUUCACCAAGUAGCAGAGUGCAGAAGGUUGGAAAAAUGCCAGAUUCACCUGCGGAUGUGAAAACCCAGCCCAGGUCCACCCCACCCACUAUGCCUCCUCCACCCCCGGCAGUCAGCCAAGCAACGAGUCGCAAUGCCUCAUUCACCCCAACUACCAGUAAAUCAAUGUUGAACGGGAGCAGCCACUCUCCUACAUCAUUAAACGGUGCUCCGUCCACUCCCAACGGCUUUAGCAACGGGCCGGCCAUGUCCUCAACGGCCUCGCUGUCCAACCAACAGCUUCCGCCAGCUUGUGGUGCCCGACAGCUCUGCAAGCUCAAGCGCUUCUUGACCACGCUGCAGCAGUUUGGCAAUGACAUAUCACCAGAGAUUGGAGAGAGAGUUCGCAGCCUUGUGUUGGGAUUGGUGAACUCUACUCUCACCAUUGAGGAAUUUCACUCCAAACUUCACGAGGCUACCAACUUUCCCCUUAGGCCUUUUGUCAUUCCUUUCCUAAAGGCAAACCUGCCCCUGCUACAAAGAGAAUUGCUCCACUGUGCCAGGAUGGCCAAACAGACUCCAGCUCAGUACCUGGCUCAACACGAGCAGCUUCUCCUGGAUGCCAGCGCCAACUCGCCCCUCGACUCCUCUGAGAUUCUGCUUGAGAUGAAUGAGCAUGGCAAGAGAAGGACUCCUGACAGGACCAAAGACAGCUCAGAGAGAGAUGGGUUGCACCCGGAGCACCUGGCCAAGAGGCCCUGCACCAUCAGCCCCAGUCAACGCUUCAGCCCCAGCACUGGUCUCCCUGCUCACCCGCCUCCCAACGGUCUCCCCACACACCCUCCCAAUGGCCUUCCCCAUCCACCCAACCCCCAAGUGGGACCCCAGCACUAUCGCUUAGAGGACAUGGCACUGGCACACCAGUUCAGAGACGCUUACAGGCAUAAUGAACACCGUGACGCAAGAGACAGGCACCGGCAGUCAGCAGUGCACGGAGCCCGUCAAGAGGAGGUGAUUGACCACCGUCUUACAGAUCGAGAAUGGGCAGAAGAAUGGAAACACCUUGAUAAUCUCCUGAACUGCAUCAUGGACAUGGUAGAAAAGACACGGCGCUCUCUGACGGUGCUGCGUCGCUGCCAGGAGGCCGACCGGGAGGAGAUGAAUCACUGGAUUCGGCGCUACAGCGACGUGGAGGAGAUGAAAAAAGGUGGGAGCAACGGACAGCACUGCCUUCCUCCUCCUACUACUCUUCCUCCUCCUCACCACAACUCCUCCUCCAACACAGCUAGCAGCAGCGAGUCACUGCCCAUAGGAACUUCCUCGGCUGCUGAAAGGCAGACAGGCAGACAGACAGAAAUCCACAGAGACUUCUUACACAGGCCUCCCUCAGGAUACCUGCCUGAAGAAAUCUGGAGGAAAGCUGGUACUACAAGCAUCCCGCUCUCCCCAGCCCUAAAGCACCUCCAAAACAAGCAGGAAGAAGCAGUGAAUGAGGUGAAGCGACAGGCCAUGUCAGAGCUGCAGAAGGCUGUGUCUGACGCUGAGAGGAAGGCUCAUGAAAUGAUUUCUGCUGAACGCUCUAAAAUGGAAAGGGCACUGGCAGAGGCCAAGAGGCAAGCCUCUGAGGAUGCACUAACGGUCAUCAACCAGCAGGAAGACUCCACUGAAAGCUGCUGGAACUGUGGCAGGAAAGCCAGCGAGACGUGCAGCGGCUGCAACACAGCUCGCUACUGUGGCUCCUUCUGCCAACACAAAGACUGGGAGAAGCACCACCAUGUCUGUGGUCAAAGCCUACAGGGGCUGCCAGGGGGCAGCAGUGUCCCUCUAGGCACCCCCUCCUCCUCCUCUUCAGCCUCAUCAGCAUCCUCCAGUGCACCCCCAACCCACUCUGAGAGCACUCCUCCAGGACCCCUGUCCCUUGCAGUCCAGAGCAGUAUUGCGGGAGGUGCUGGCAGUGGAAGUGUGUCCGCCAGCCCCAAAGAGAGCAGUUCUAGCAGUGCCUCUCGCUCCACAACUCCAGCCACCCCCGCCCUACUGGAUGCCACUUCUCGCUGACAUCUGACCCUUGUCCCUACCCAGCCUACUAAAGUGACAGUGCCCACACUCCACACAAAACCGAACUGAGGAAUCUUCAUCGCACACUGCUCCCUUUUCUUCUCCCCUAUUUCCCCCUUUCCCUCUAAUCACACUCUUCUGAUGACAGAUGGGUUUUCUCCUUCUCCCAUCAUAUAUUACUUUUUCCUGUCUCUUUAAUAACUGAAGCCACCAAUACAAAGAUUCCAGCCAGGGGUUCAAUGUAGUGUAAAGCAUGACUGUUGCAGUGUCUCCUAUCUCUGUCAUAGAAACAUAUCAGAUGUGUUUGCUGAGAACAUGAGGCUUGACUUGAAGAUGCGCCUUCAGUAAUGAAAGCAUGUUAAAUAUUGUCCAUCUAAGGACAAAAGAUAAGGGCUGUGAUAAGGCAGCAUUGAUGGAAGAUGACAAGCUGAUAAGCACUUGGAUUGGAUUUCCCUUUAUUUCAGCAUCAAAGAAAGAACAGUAACCAGCCCUGAGAUGUGCACUAACAGACAGGCAAGGAGCAUAACUUUCAUUUUCAAACGUACAAGGGAAGGGGUAAAACUUGUAACGUGAUUUGUUCCUCAGAAACACAGCUUAGUAUUUAUUAAAGGUUUCUUUCUGGCUUUAAGGGAAAAUAAAGAAAAGUCCAAAUAUUCUAAAUAAAGAAUAAUAGUGAUGACCAUGCUGAUGAUAUGAAAAUAAAUAAAUUUUAAACUGCUAACUACCUUGCUAGCGAGCCAAGAAAAUCUACACCGGACUCACCUCUCUGCACCAUUAUGAACCCAAAUGAAUUCAAAGAUGAAAAAAAUAACAUGAUCCAAACCUUUGUAUUACACUGCCAAAGUGAGUAAGUAAGCGAUAAAGAGAAGCACUCAUAACCAAACGCAAAGCAACAUCACCUCCUCAGCAGAUAAGCCAGCCCUAAGAGGAGCAGGCUGCGGAGGAGCUGCAGAGCGGGACCCAUAGUCCAGCGUUAAAAAAACUGCCUCCUGCAGUCCGGAUGAAACCACAGCAGCUCCUCAGUGAUGGCCCAGACUAGUGAAAAUGGACAAUGCUGUGAACUUACCUAUAAGAAAGACUUGAUGAAAUUGAUGGAAACCCUGCCACAGUGUGGUUCUUUUGUGAAUGAUAGAGAGGACAAAAAAGAGGAAAAGGAACGCUACACAGCCUCAGAGGAGAUGAAGAUACAUUUAAGGCUAAGGAGCUGCAAAAACACCUCAAUGCAAGGUCGAAGACAUUGUCCGAGAGGGCAUUGCAUACUAUGGAGACAUAUGGGAAACUUUGUAAGUCGUUAUUUUUAAAGUUAUCAAUGAGGAGAUAUUUCAAGGAAUAGCUCUUACCUUUACAUUCACUUCCUCCUUUUCCAAAGCAUGACAGACACAAGAGCCUAGAAGAGGGCGGUGUAAACUUUGUUCUUCUCUCUUUCUACCUCCCCUCACCCCACUCCUCCCUUCUAUGCUCUUCCCCAAUUACUUGACUCAAGUCUGCCCAGCCUGCUUUGGACAGAGCCACAAAGCAGUCAGAUGGGGAGGGUUGAACCUGCUUGUAGAUAUUGUUCCUCUUUUCAUUUUUUCAAUAAUGUCUCUUGUUGCUGAUGUCCACAUGUGCUGCCCUUGUGUAUAACCAGAAAGAUGGACUUUUGUUUUGGGUUUGUUGCUAUUCUUUUUCCUCCUUUGAGUUUGGGCUGAGCAGUGAAGACAGAGCAAAGAUGCUUGUUUAUGAAAAGAAGCCCCACAUUGUACUUAUGUUUGAUUUGUUGUAUCUAUAUUAAUGAGAUCAAACCCCUCUUGUAGAAUAUUUUGUGUUGCUCGCAUUGUAAGACAGUGAGAGGACGGAGGUGCAAUAUGAAGAGAAUUCAGCUACUGAAUGGAACCUCAGCAACUGCCCAUAGGGUGUCAUAUAAUAUAGAUACAUAUAGAUAUAUUUAAAGUAACAUCAGUAACUUAAUGUGAAUGUACAUAGUAUUUAAAAAGGUCCAAAAAUGUGUUUGCCAAAUAACAAAAACCUUUAAAGUUUAAUGUCCAGAAUAUGACUUUCUCACAGUACAUUUGUUUCUCAAAUUGUUUCACUCAUGCACGUUAAAUGCUUUUUCAAUUUUUACUCAAAUCAAAGUGUCAUGUGAUCCUGAGUGGAGGAGACUGUCAGUAACAGAGGUAAAGUAACUCCAUGCUGCAGGAGGGGACUUAACAGUGUGUGUUUUAGUCUGCUGUUGAUAGGAAGGCCCAGAGUAGUCUGUAGUAAAACAGGGUUAAAGUGAUGGCUUUCUGAAAUUAAUUAUUUCACAUCACAUUUAGGAAUUGUUAAACCUGUUCUGUUUACCUUUUGACCACCAUGUUAGCUCAAAAGCCUCUCUAGUGUCUAUAGUGAUCCUCUCUCUUGGUUGUUAACAGUGUGUGUGUGUGUGUGUGUGUGUGUGUGUGUGUGUGUUAUGUGUGUGUGGUUAAGAGCGUUACCCCCCACACCACCAUCAAUGGUGCAGGACAAGCCUUUACUGUAGGAAGACGUAGGGUGAAGUGAUACACCAGUGUUAAGCUAACAACACAUUUUGAAAUAAUAUUGAUUUUUAUCUGAUUGUUUAUUUCUAAAGAUACAAUUUGAGCUUAAGCUACAGAACUGGGAAAGAUUUUUGUUUCCAAGUCAGGAGAGUGGCAUUACCUCUGUCAGUUUCCUUCAGUUUUCCCUAUAUAAUUAUCAACAGCUAAGGGUAUUAAACUGAUUUAAUGCAUUUUAUACUGACCAUUGUCAACUGUAUCUUGUUGGCUUUCAUUCACACUUGGACCAAACAGAAAAAAACAUGCUGUUUAAUCAAAAAUAGAUUUUCUUCCUUCUUGACUAUUUGAUAACUGCAAUCCAAACAAGAUAAGCUGCAAGGUACUCCUGCAUCUGUGCGUGGCAUUUAUGUAUGUGUGUUAUAGUUACCGUGUUAGUGUUGACUUCAGCCUUUUUGUGUAAUGUGCUCCUUUCCCUCCCUGAUGUCUAUUUUUUUCUCCACCACCAGACCACUCCUCACAACCACAGCCUCCCUUCCCCCUCUCCCUUCACACUAGCUACCUCCUGUGAGCAUACAGCUAACCACCAGGAGAGGCUGACCUGGACUUUAAAAAGCUGGGCUGAGAACAGACAUGGACACACACUCACAUUCAUAAGUGAUCAUAUGAAUCUGAAAGGAAUUGUCAUUACUCGUGAUGUGGAAAAUCUAUUAAUUCUCCAGACUACAAACUUUGUGAUCCCGCUAAACAAACUGGUACUGCUGAAAUUCAUUAAUAAACACACAGUCAGUCCUGUAUGUUACCAAACUAAACACAGAAUCAACCAUGAUGUGCCAUUUGUUGUCCAAAACCAAUAAAAGCACAGACCAAAGUACUCCUAAUUUGCCAUUGUAGGCUCUGACAUGGCGUGUAUUAACAGGCUGCAAGUAAUAAGGUUAGAGCUCCACUACAACAGUUAACCAAAGUGUCUGACAUACAUAUACUCAGAGUCAAGGAGUGAAAAGCACACUCAACAAACUGCUUGAGUUUCACAUGUGUAGAAUUCUCACUCAAGCAAUCAAAGCGCUUGUUGACUACAUAUUGAGUUGUGCUUCUCUAUAAACAACAAAAGCAUCCUCUUUGAAAAAGCCUGACUGCGUGUUUUUACAGUUACAAAGCCUUGCAGAGGAAAAAAUGAAUGCAUGUUGAGUGUGUGUUUGUGUGUGGAUGAUGAGUUUGCUUUUUGUAUAUAAAAAAAAAAAAAAAAAAAAAAACAUAUAAUUUUUCUUUAUGUCUCUGUACAAAAUACUUGAAACCUUCAGAGCUUUAAUGAAACAUCCCAGAUGGACAAUAGUGGCACAUUGAUUCAUAAAAUGUAGCAGGAGCUUUGUGCAGUCAAGUGCCAUGUUGGUUUAUAACAUCCACAUCAAAACAGGAUUGUGAUGACAGCUCCAUUCAACACUGAAUGCUUUGUGUGUACCUCCUUGUCUGCAAGUAAGCCCUCAGAUAAACAAAACCAAACCCAGUAGACCGUUUAUAAAUGACCAAAAUACAACCAAAAGCUGCAACUUUCUUCUUUAUGUUUGUGAAGGGCUUUUUGUUAUGUCCCAGUAGUAGAGAGUUUCAGCUUGAUUGUGUGGGAUAAGGGGCGGCAAUCCUACAUAGAAAAAAAACAAGCUGUAGAGGAAAGAGCAAACUGCCCUUCACUGAGAUUCUCCCUCUUGGAAUCAUUUGUUGGCAGGAUACAAUGUUCUGCUUGCAAUUUGUGCUGUGUAGCAUCAUUUACUUUUCUCUGUUCAGAUGUUAUAGAUGGCAAACACAUAAGGGCUCUGCUGUUGUAAAAACCAUCCAAGGGUCUCCUAAAACUUUACAUCAGCCAAUUUAUAUUUGCUAAACUGUGUACCUAAUAUGAGCAAAACACGUGUUUAGUGAAGACAAAUAUUAGCAGGAUGGCAUUUGCCUCUCUCUGUCCCAACCAGUAAGUCUGCUAGUGAAGUUUCAAAGCUCAUCUGAUGUGAUAGUGACACGUCCUUCCUGUGAAACAGGCACCGAUGACUAGAAAGCUAAGGUGGCAAACAGUGGAUACAGCACUUGUUUUACCAUAAGCCGUGGCUCAGGAUGGUCUUGUUUUUAACCUUAACAUAAACUGAAAAAAAGUUUAUGGUUUAAUAUGUGUAGGGAAGCAUUCUAUACUGUAUUGUGCAAUACAUUAUUACAAAGAAAUCAUGUUUCUGUAGGAAAGGUUGGCGCUCUGAAGAUCUUUCCCUUUUUGUUUAAUUUCCCUCUUUCAACAGUCCUGUUGCCAUUUUUAGAUGAAGUAAACUGUGCCAGAAGAAUUCAAUUCUGAUUUGUAUUUAUUUCUUGCAUGCUUUCCUCCCUGUUGCUAAUACCGCUCUUUUAACUGUUCGCUCUGUUGGAUGUGUGAAGCUGUAAAACAUUCUAAUUCAGGUUAUUGUCUGUGUUGAACAAUGUAACUGUGUAAUUAAAACAAAAAAUAACAUA